AUGCAGAGGUUGACACUUAGGCGUCGUUUGUCCUACAAUACUAACUCCAACAGGAGGCAAAAAGUCAAGACCCCUGGCGGUAAAUUGGUUUACAUUUACCAGAAGAAGCUUGGAACGUUUCCCAAAUGUGGCGAUUGUAAGCGCAAGCUGGCAGGAAUUAAGCCGUCCCGCCCCAUGACUCGUUCCCGCAUGUCCAAGCGGCUGAAGACUGUUACCCGCUCCUACGGCGGCAGUAGAUGCCAUGCUUGUGUUCGGUCAAGGAUUCUUCGUGCCUUUCUCAUGGAGGAACAGAAGGUUUUGAAACAAAUUUUGAAGGAAAAGAGGAUGGAUCGGAUUAAACAGGCCAUCGAGAAGCGUAAGGCUGCUGCAAAGGCCAAAAAGAAGGAUGCAGCUAAGAAGGAGAAAAAGCCUGCUGCCCCUGUUGGUAAAUCCAAGAAGUAG